AUGGCACCGAUUAGGAUAGUGCUAGAUAAUGAAUUAGCGAUCGGCAAUAUUCAUGGAGUGCUGGAGAUUAAGAAAGGCAAUAUACUACCCUAUUGGAAACGAGCAACCGGAUUAGGAACGAUCACUUGUCUUGCGAUUGGGGACAUUUUGAAUAAAGGAAAGAAUUAUUUAGUUUGCAUGAAUGCCGCUGGCUUAUGUCGAGUCUUUGACUGCUCUGGACAUCAAGGGGAUGAACAGAAAGAAGAUAAAUCUAUCAAGCUAUUAUUUACUCAACGGAUGUUAGCCAAUAGCAAAGUUUUGCUUUUACGAGAUAUUGACGGCGACGGAAAACAAGAAUUAGCUGUAGCUUACGUAGAUAGAGUUGUGAGAUUGUAUAGAUAUGCACCAGUGACGCUGUCAAAUGAAGAGCAAGGCAUCCAAUCAACUUCAUCGCAGUUAACACUUUUACAUAAAUGGUCUCUAAAGGGGCAGAUAGAGACAAUAGCGUCAGCUACAUCGAUGGAUAAUCAAUAUUACCUGAUUGCAUCACAGCCAGAUUGUACAUAUGCUUACUUAAUGUUAGAAGGAAAAAAUACAUCUAUAAGUUCUGAUAUCUCUACAGAUCUAGUGGAGGAUCUUGUAGGAUCGUUUGGAAAGAGUUUCUUUCAAGACACAAAGUAUAUGGAAGCCAGUGAAUCCGAAAGCAGUGCCCACAGUUUUAAGACCACCAGCACCAUGACGCAGUUUCUUAAUGGAAUUAAAAUAACUGAAAAUCUGUGUGAUUCCUACCUUAUCUUUCCUUAUAACCCGACAGAUUCCGAUGAUGGAGUAAAGGAAUUGAAAGCUUUAUGCACGUUAAACGGAGAUAUUUUAUUGUGUGAUCAGUUCUAUAAGCCUAUCUGGUCUGGACAAGUCACUCAUCAACUAUUUGCUCUUAAUAAACUAGAUCUUAUGGACGGUGGAUAUGAUUGUGUCGUUCUGACAGCUUGGGACGGUGUUACAUACUUUAACGAUGGCAAAGGUGAUAUGGCGGUUGUAGCAAUUGAUCAAAUAUUACGAAAAAAAGGGAUUACUAAGGAUUCUAAAGACUAUGAUUUACUCAAACGAAAACUUAUCGGGUGGUGUAUAUAUGGUCAAGAAUAAAUUUUUAUUUCUUCGUACUGUAUCAUGAAUUUUCUCAUCCUGUAAGAUGUACAAGAUUGUAAAAUCUAUAAGUUUGAAAGCCAUAACUAUAGUAAUCAAGGUGAUAAUCACCUAAUAUUGCAUAACUUAAAUUAAAUAUAACUGCAUACCAAGUAUUUUGCAUUAUUUAAGGUGUAGUUAAUGUUUAAAAUAUGGCAAUAAAAGUGUUUUAUAUC